ACGGGUCGCCAUCGCCGCCGCACGGCCAAGGCAAGGCGGAGGCUGGUGCAGGCACAGUGGGGGUACAACAAGGGGCGCCGGAAGGGAGGAGCAGGGCAACCCGUGGUGGUGCAAAGGCUCAAGGCAGAGGCCUCGAAAGAGCGUCAGUACGAGCCAUGCAGCUGCAAAGGGCCAUGCGCCAAGGCCACAUGUGAAUGCAUCAUGAGGGGUUGCUUCUGCGAGAAAUACUGCGGCUGUGCCCAGGCGUGCAAGAACCGAUUCAGGGGCUGCAACUGUGCCAAGAGCCACUGCUCCUCGCGCCUCUGCCCCUGCUUUGCUGCAUCCAGGGAGUGUGACCCUGACCUCUGUCGCAACUGCUGGGUUGACUGUGGGGAUAACCGCCAAGGGGCUGUGCUGCCACUGCCACCGCCUGUGAGGGAGAAAAACUACAACUGCCACAACAUGCGCUUGCUGCUGCGCCAGCACCAGCACAUUCUACUAGCCCCCUCGGACGUGGCUGGCUGGGGUGCCUUUCUCAAGAAGGAGGUGGCGAAGAACGACUACGUGGGGGAGUACACAGGCGAGCUCAUAUCAGAGGCGGAGGCAGAGAGGAGGGGCAAGAUAUACGACCGCAUCAAUUGCUCCUUCCUGUUCGAUCUCAACAAAAAGGUCCGUCGAUUGAUGUGCUCUGAGAAUCUAUUGGUGAAACCAUAA